UCAAUACCUUGAUCUUGCACAUUUUUCUUCAUUUCUAUGCUCUUCUUCCAGCUUAAGUGUAGCAAGUUUUCAAAGAUCAUUUUUUUUUAAAACUUUCUGUUUUCUGUCGCUGGAUGUUGUUGUUGUGAUUUGCAGGGAAUGUAUCUUUUAUUAUUUUUCUUGUUUUAUUGUAUAAUUUAUGAAAAUGUGUAUGUUUACAUUUAUCACGGCAUGCAUCUAGUAAUUAUAAAGCAAAAUAGUGAAAUAACUUUUGAAUCUUAUGCUAGUUAGUAAUUUCUAUAAAUUGCAGUUAGCCGUUUCUUGUUGGUUGAGCUAACCAUUUCUUUUCAGAUAAUUUCUUAGAUUAUUUGUUUGCUAAAGAGAUGUUUUGUUCAAAAAUUUGAGCUUUAUAUGUUAGAGAUUGGUAUCAGUCUCAGUAAUCCUUCAUAAAAAGCGACCAAUCUCUGUUGUGCAUGAUAGCAAUAACAAAAUUAUUUGAUGAAAACUUGUAACAUAGAUGAAAUUGAUGUGUACAGAUAGAAUAUGCUUUCUGGAAGAAGUAAAAUCUCUGUUCAUGUUAAUUUCUCACUCUGUUUUUUCUCUUUUGCUGCAUUAAUUAUGAGUAUGACAUCCUGUUGUCUUUAUUUCAAAGCUCUAACUCUUGUUUUAAGCUGCGUUCAAGGCCUAUUUUUCACUGCUAUCAUGAUAAGGGAUAGAAUUGGGGCAAUGACGAGGGUGAGUCCGGAUUUUGGAGAUGAGGUUCAGGCAGUUUGGACGGUGUCAGCAGAUGUGAGCUUUCAGACUAAUCAGUUCCCAAAAUAUAAGUUAGGGCCUAAUAAUGAAAUUCUAGAGGAGGUGAAAGAGGACAGCAAAGGUCCGCCAUUGAAGGAAGUUGUCGUCCAGGAGAUAAGUCAGCUAACUGAGCAGCACAAGCGUUUGUCAGUCCGGGACCUAGCAAGCAAAUUUGACAAGAAUUUGGCUGCAGCAGCGAAGAUGUCCGAGGAGGCGAAGCUUAAGGAGGUGGCGUCUUUAGAUGGACACGUGCUUUUGAAGAAGCUAAGGGAUGCAUUGGAAUGUUUGAAAGGAAGAUUAGCUGGUCGAAACAAAGAAGACGUAGAAAAAGCUAUUUCUAUGGUGGAGGCUUUGGCAGUGCAAUUAACUCAAAAAGAAGGAGAGCUUAUUCAAGAGAAAUUUGAAGUGAAAAAGCUAGUGAAUUUUCUCAAGCAGGCUUCUGAAGAUGCUAAAAAAUUGGUCAACCAAGAAAAAUCUUUUGGUUGUGCUGAAAUAGAGAGCGCGAGGGCAGUUGUGCAAAGAAUAGGAGAGGCCCUCGAGGAACAAGAAAGAAAUCAAAGUUCAGGCAAACAACAGGAGUUGGAGGAACUAAUUGAAGAGGUUCAAGAGGCCAGGAGAAUAAGACUAAUGCAUCAGCCAAGAAAGGUUGCGGAUAUGGAAAGUGAGCUUCGGGAACUGAGGCUUCAAAUUAGACAAAAGUGCACAGUUUCACUUAAGCUGCAAAAUGAGCUGGAAAUGAGCAUGAAAUCAGAGGAAAAUACAUCCCGUCUUUAUGAAAUAAGUGGCUCUGAGAAGUUGGGCUCUAUUUUAAGGAUUCAAACCUGUUCAGAUGAAGCAAUAGAGCUUGCAAAAUGUUCAAUCCAGUGGUAUCGAUUGUCAUCUCAAUGUAGCCGCAGGGAACCUAUUUUGGGUGCUAACAAGUGCGUUUAUGCUCCCGAGCCAAUUGAUGUAGGGCGAGUUCUGCAAGCUGAUAUAGCCUCAAAUGGCCUAAAGGUCACGUUGACAACUGAUGGCCCUAUCGAGCAAGCCUUGGACUUGGGACCUUAUGUUGAUACACUAUCCCGGAAACCAAGCCUUGACUUCAACGUAGUUAUCUCCCAAAUGAAUGGAAGGAACUAUUCGUCACAUUCGGUGCAUUUGUUUCAUAUCGGGAAAACAAGGAUAAAGCUAAGCCGAGGAUGGAUCACAAAGGCCCGGGAUUCUUACUCUAAGUCUAUGCAGCUAUGUGGAUUCAGAGGGGGCGGCAACUCUGCUGCAAAGUCCCUUUUCUGGCAAGCUCGAAAAGGGCAAUCUUUCGUGCUUGUUUUUGAUUCAGAGCGCGAAAGAAAUGGAGCCCUUAUAUUUGCCAGAAAAUAUGCUCUGGACUGCAAUGUGUUCCUUGCUGGUCCAGACGACGACGCUCUGCUGUAAAGACUGACUUCUUCUUAGCUUUCGACUAAUGUUAGUAGCUCUUCCCAGCUUUCAAGUGUGCGCGUUUUGUGCUGGUUUUUUCCUUUUUAUUUCUUUUUCUUUUUGGGUGUGGUGAUGAUGUGUUGUGGGUUUGCAAAGUCUAAUCUUGGCUUUCAUUUGUAGUUGCAUUUGUUCUAGGCAUGAUUUUUAGGUUUGCCUAAGUCAUUUGUUGUAAUAACCUUUUUUUCAUUCAUGGCUAAUUAAUCAGCUGUUUGUUCA